AUGACUUCCUGCGAGAGAAAGAGACCUUCAAAAUUGUGUCGUCGUACAUAUUUUCUGCGGACAGGCACAGCUCCUACGAUUUCGGAAAUGGUCAACGAACUAGGCCCUGAUUUGGCGAGCGUUGUAAUCGGCACCUUGGAGCCAAGCCAGCGGUCCGCAGUGCAACAAGAUUGCACAGUCUUGCCGGAAAGAGUAUCUCCGCCACACGAAUCCGAUACAGUUCGUGGACAGAUACAUGACCAUAUUCUCCAGAUUGGCGGUAAAAUCUCUCACCGUGUGGACGGAUAUUGGAGGCAACGUAUGAAACAAACUGCAGCAGCGAGCGUCAGUCCAGAUGAGGUGGACUUUUUGAAAUUUGAAUAUCGUCAGAAAAUUAACAUCGCAAGGGACGAGGAGCGUAAGCGGUAUGACGAAUUGUUGAAAACGAUGGAAAAGGCACUAAAGGAACGUUUCUGGGAAGAGAAAGGUGAACUGCACCGUUCAUAUGCCGAGGCCAGAAAAGUAUGGGGAGAGUUUGUGUGUCGCAAGGUACGAAAACAGGCCAAGGAUAUGCUGUGCAAAAUUGCCUGCUACUAUAGGACAAAGUUGGAGCGCGAAGUAACUUGCCGAAUGCAACAAGAGAAAACCCGAAUCAUACAGGAGAUGGAACAAAUCGUCAAAACCGCCGUAGACCAGCAAAAACAUAUCGACAAUCGAGCUAUUCAGUGGUUGGUGUACCAGUAUGAAGAACUCUUGAAAUUUAUCAGUGAAUAUAACAAGUGUCUGGAUACGGUAGAAAUGACGCGAGAAAUUUGCCGACUGCAUUGUGGCCAGCAAGUGUGUCGCUCUACUCAGCUUUCUACGACUUCGUUGAUUUUUGAAGAUCAGCUGGAGCAUCAGGAGCCGGACGUAAACAAUUCCUUAAUGGCGGAUCUUGAAGAAGACAUUCAAAUAGUUUCAACCAGCUUGUCGAAAUUCAAUGUGUUCGUGGUGAAUCAAUGCUUACCGGAACCGGUGGCUGAGCCAACCGUUUCUGAAGAAGAGAGCGUGUCGACAACAACCAUGGCAGAGUCUCUGGUUGGUUACGAAAGUAUCGUUGAUGAGGACAGUGUUGCGUCUACAAUUGAAAAAGUAGUCAUCGGAGGACUAACAUAUGCCCAGCCUAAAUACUAUAAGAAGGUAUAUAACGAUAUGUUCCGCGACGUUGUUAUGAGCUGGGAAACGAUAAAUGCUUCUGAAGGAAAUCGUGUUCAGGAUAAGAGCUGCAGCGUGAGCAGUGAUGAUACGAAAACAAUUGAUUCCGAAUCCGGCCGUAGCGAACCUAGUUAUCGCGAAAGCUACGACCCGAUAGUGGAAAUAAACGAUAUUUUGGGGCUGAAAGAAGAUGUACAGCCAGCUGAAGAAACGAUCCCACCAGAGGAGUUUGGUGAGUUGUUUGAUCUUUCGAAAUCUGUGGAAGAGAUCUCGUUGGUAGCCGAGAGCUUUGCUGUACAGUACAUUCAUGCCACUAGUGACGAUUUUGAAGCAAUGUUUCCGAAAAGCAGUGAAGCGAACUCCUGA